AUGGAUUUUUUCUGUAAAACUAAAUGUCUGACAUCAAUUCCUACUAUAAUUAUGACAAAAUGUAUAACUUUAUUAAUUAUAUAUGGACUGAUAACUAUUACAAUAUCUCCUACAAUCAUAACUUGUCAAAAGAUUAGUUGGGGCCUUGUUCAUUCAAUUUCACAACUGAGGGAAUUACUUAUCACAGAUAUACCAGAUGAUAAUCUUCAAUCAAACAGUUUAUUACAACCUUCAGAGAAUAAUAAUGUUAAACAGAAACAUGAUGCUAUUGAUGGUGAUUCAACAUUAGUAAAUAGAUUAGAUAAAAAUAAUCACAACACUGAAGUAUAUCAUCGUCAGACAAAUUCUGACUUACGUUUUGUAGAAGCACCAACAUCACAAAGUCUAAAUUAUCCACAAACAAACAAAAAUUAUAUGAAUCCAGAUUUAAACACAGAUAAUUAUAAUCAUGAACGAUUAAAUCAAACUGAGUUAAAACAGACAAUUCAAGAUAUGAACAAUAAUAAUGACAAUAUGAUGACAACAGAAACAUUUGUCGGUCCCGAUGGAAAAUUACAAAUGAGUAUAUGUGAUCAUCCGAAUGGAUUUUUACGAAGACAAAAAAAAUUAUGCCGUCAGUAUUUGCAUUUAAUGGAAAGUGUGAUACGUGGUUAUUUUAUGGGUUUAAAAGAAUGUGAAUAUCAGUUUUCUGCACACCGAUGGAAUUGUCAAGGUCAUAAUUUAACUAUUCAAACAGCACCGAAUAAUCGAAAACAGAAACGUCUAAGAUAUAGAGAAUCUGAACCGAAGAAUGAUGUGGAUAAUUCACAAAGAAAAUCUGUACGUAUACAAACAUACUUAGAUAAACUAUUAUCAAAAGGUACAAGGGAAUCCGCUUAUGUUUUGGCUGUCACAUCAGCUGGUGUGUCACAUGCAGUCACUAAAGCAUGUAGUAGUGGUUUACAUGAUAACUGUGGAUGUGACAGGACAAUAUAUGAUCAUCCUAGAGAGCCGAAUUUUGAAUGGUCCGGCUGUUCAGACAAUAUAUAUUUCGGAGCAGAAUUUUCAAGACAAUUUCUUGACGUGCGUGAACGCAACAGGUUGAAGCGUAAUCCGAAAUUAGGUCUAACCAAUUUACAUAAUAACUAUGUAGGAAGACAUAUGGUUAUCAAUAAAAUGGAAGUCCAGUGUAAGUGUCAUGGUGUAAGUGGAUCAUGUGAGAUGCGUACAUGCUGGAGAUCGCUACCGAAAUUUCGACAUUUAGGUGCACAACUACAAGAAAGAUUUCAUGAAGCUAUACAGGUCACUUAUAUGCAAAACCGUUUGGUUUCAAUGAAAGCUUUAGAACAGUUAAAUAAAGAAUCAAAUGGAAAUGCACUUUUACUUUCGCACCCCGCUUUAUUAUCAUCAUCAGUAUCUGGAGCAUCAUCAUCUCCUGGAGCAGCAAUGUCAUUACGAGUUAAUCGAAAUACCUUAGAUUCGUUAACUAGUUCAACAUCAAUAUCUUCAUCAUCUUUACCAUCACCAACAGAAAAUGAUUUAAUAUAUAUAAGCGAAUCACCAACAUUUUGUCAUCAUGACCCGCGGUACGGCAGUAUCGGUACAUAUGGACGUCAAUGUGACGAAAAUUCCCAAGGUUUAAAUAGUUGUCAUUAUUUAUGCUGUGGUCGAGGAUUCAAACGACAAACAUUUGUUCAACAGGAAAGAUGUGAUUGUAAAUUUCAGUGGUGUUGUAAAGUUGUCUGUAAGACAUGCCGUAAAACAGUGGUCAUAUCCACAUGUAAUUAG